CCGGUGGACUGCCUGUAGGGGCCUAGAUGAAGCAUGGGCAACGCCGGCUCAGUCAGGCGCUCCAAGCCUGUGAUGAGUUACCUGGUGAGUGAAUUCAAUCGCCUGAAAUCCCACGGCGUGGAUGGGGAGGCCGUGUGGGGCCAGUGGUUUGCUGCCUCUGUUGCGUCAUCGAACAUCAACGGGGCCUCGCUGCCACAAGCCUAUACCCACGUGGAGGAGCCGGUGCUGACACUGGCAUCCCUGCAGAAGCUCAACACCCCAGAGGAUUUCCUCCUGGAUUUCCGGCACAUUGCCACCCUUUGGAAGCUGGACGCCAACCAUGACGGCGUCAUCACCUUUGAGGAGUUCAUCAACUUCGCCGAGUUCUGCAACGACCAGCGGAUGAUCCUCGGAGACCUGGAGCUGUCGCAGAAGCUCAAGGCGCUGUGCGUUAUGGACAUGGCCGCAGACACCUAUUGCGAGACUGGCCAGAACUUUUUUGUGGACUGGCUGUUGAAGCUGGUGGCGCAGGACAUGUCUCCUCGUCCUUUCCGAAUGAUGAGAAUACCGGUCAAUCCUGAUGAUCAUGUGGGCCGACCAACCUUCUUUGUACACAUGGAUUGUGUGAUGAACCUCUACAAUCUGCUUAAGCCGUCGCAAAUAUCUAGCCACUUGGGCAUGCAAGACUUUGUGGAUCUUCUGCAUCAAAUGGGGGAGACCAUGAAUCUGCAGCCGCUGAUGAUCAAGGACCUUGAUGAGUGGGUCCCUUUGGAAGUGGUCCACACCUGGCUGAAGCGCUUCAUAUCAGCGUUCACAGAGUUGUACAAAGAGCUUGGCUUGCUGGCGGAAGCAUGACAAUCUUUCGGGCUUUCAGC